AUGGUUUCUACUCGGGUGGCGUCCACCCUUUUUGCUGCUGUGGCCUAUGCCAUAACAGUUCAUGCUCAUCCAACUUCGCCCACGAAGUUGACCCAUGAGAAGCGGGACACCGUUCAUGGAGAGUGGACAAAGGUUGGCCGUGCCGGCGCAGACACGCCCCUGACCUUGCGCAUUGGCUUGAAGCAGCGUAACCUGGAGCGUGCUGAAGAGUUUAUACACGCCAUCUCAAACCCCCGGUCCGAGACCUACGGCCAGCACUGGUCGCCCGAGAAGGUUGCCGAGGUGUUUGCCCCCAGCAACGACGCCAUCACCGAAACCGAGCAGUGGCUCACCAGCGAGGGUGUUGCCAGUGACGAUAUUUCCAAGACGACCGGACGCAACUGGAUCAAGGUCACCACCACCGUGGGUAAAGCCGAGUCGCUGCUCAAUACCUCUUAUAGUGUCUAUGAGAAUACCGCUGGAGCUCGGCUCGUCGCAUGCGAGUCGUACAGCAUCCCGGCUGCCAUCCAAGGACACAUCGAUCUGGUUGCCCCCACGAUCCAGUUUGAUGAGAGAGAGGCCAUCAUCACCACCCGCGGACCCAAGAAGCGCGAAGAAGCAAUAGCACCCAAGUUCAAGAAGCUUCCACCUGGGCAUGUGCGAGCCGACCCGUUGAAGGACUGCAGCGAGGUUACGACCCCGGAAUGCUUGCGAGCUCUGUAUGGCAUUCCUGAAGGUGCUCAACCCGUCGAGGGCAACAGCUUUGGCAUCGUCGAGUUCGCUCCGCAGAGCUACAACCAGGACGACCUGAACGCCUUCUUCUCCGUUUAUGGUAACGGCAAUAUUCCUAACGGGACUUCUCCAAUCUUCAACGGCAUCGACGGCGGCUACCUGUCCACCGAGUCCGGCUCCGGAAUCCGCGGCGAGUCCAACCUCGACCUGUGCUACGCCAUGUCGCUCACCUAUCCCCAGAACGUGACGCUGUACCAAGUCGGCGACAGCGUCGCGUGGAACCCGGCAACUAACAACAACUUCCUCGACGCCGUCGAUGGGUCCUACUGCACGACCGACGGCGGCGACGACCCGGUCUGGGAUGCCAUAUAUCCGCACGACGCCUCCACCCCCGGAGCGUACACCGGCGAGCCCAUGUGCGGCGUGUACAAUGCGACAAAGGUCAUCUCGGUGUCGUACGGCAGCAACGAGAAUGCCCGGCCAGCGAGCUAUCGGGCGCGUGAGUGUGCCGAGUACAUGAAGCUCGGACUAAUGGGCGUGACUGUCUUGUUUUCCUCUGGCGACACUGGCGUUGCCGGGCUUAGGAGCCAAUGCGUUAACCCUGACGGGUCGUACACGCCUGUGGCCGCGGACUACGGCCAGUUUAACCCAAUGUUUCCCGGCACUUGCCCCUGGAUCACUUCGGUCGGUGGUACGGCCCUCCCCGCGGGCAAGCCCGUCACCACCCCGGAAGUCGCAUCGUACAACUUUGGAUCCGGUGGCGGCUUCAGCAACCUGUUCUCGCUCCCGUCGUAUCAAGCAGAUGCUAUCAACAGUUACUACGCGCAGCACGACCCCGGCUACAACUCAUCCCGUUACAACAACACGCAGCAGGUGCGCGGCUACCCGGACGUUGCACUGGCCUCGCAGGACUAUAUUACCGGCAUUGACGGUGGCUUUCUGGCCUUCUCAGGCACGUCUGCAUCUGCACCCACCUUUGGUGCCAUGAUCACGCUGAUCAACGGCGAGCGCCUGAAGGUUGGCAAGGGGCCCGUGGGCUUCAUUAACCCCGUGCUCUAUGCCCACCCGGAGGUGUUCCAGGAUGUUGUCGAGGGCAAGAACCCAGGCUGUGGCACAAACGGGUUUAGUGCGGUUGAGGGGUGGGAUCCGGUGACGGGGUUGGGGGCGCCGAACUACGAGAAGUUGAAGGAAGUGUUCAUGGCCCUGCCUUGA